UUACUUUCGUGUCCACGCCCCUUCCCUAACCUGCUCCAGAGUAAUUGAUACGAUUGUCGAGUUAACGCGACUGGAAAGCCAACAGGACGGAGAAGAUCCCCGAGUCUCAAUAACAGCUCCAGGAUGGACACCAAGCCACCACCAGACAUUAGUUAAGCUUGUUUCAGUAUAAAAGCAGCUUGUUGGGUCUCUUGUGAAAUUUCGUGUGUGGGUUGAAUGAGGCAGAAGCAUGUGAAAGUACGCUGCACCUUUUUAUUAACGAGUGCUAGUUGGGUUUUUAUUUAGAUUUUGGAAUACAGAUGUGUAUUUGUAGACAUAUUGUCGUCUGUUUGUGUUCCACAGUCGUUAGAACAUGUUGGGGUGAUCAAAAUGGGAGAUAAGAUUAUUUAAGUUACGAAAGGAAGAGAAUUCCUGGAGAAAAUAAGCAACUGUGCAGGGAGUUAAAGUGAAAUACAGGAAUCAGUCAUUGGGACAAGGUUUAGGAGGAAAAAGAAAUGGAGUAUGGAGAAACUUCCUUGAGUGUGAUGGGAGACCUGGAGCUGGACCCAGACAUUGUCAGUGAGGAGGCGGGAAAAUUGUACUCUGAGCUCCAGUCAGUUGUGGAGACUCAUGGAGCAGAUGUGGUUGAAUCACUGCUGCCCAUCCUGGUGUGGGUUCUUGAAGGGCUCGCCAGCUGUCGGGCUCAGCUAAGAGAGAGCGAGGAUGCUGUGGAGAAGGAGAAAGGGGAGAAGGAAGAGCUGCUGGAGAGAUAUGAGAGAGAGAGAACGCUGCGUAGGGAGAGCCAAGAGCGUUAUUUGGAGUUGGAUGAUCAGUUUGAGCAGGAGAGGAGAGCGAUACGUGGCAGAGACAAGGAGCGGGAGAAGAGAGAAAGGGAUCUGGAGAAGAAAGCCAGAGAGCAAGCUGAUCAAAGUGCUUCUGUUUUCUUCAGUGGUGGCUCUGGAGGAGCAGAAAGCAAGUCUGACUAAAGAGUUAAACACAUUGAAACACACACAUAGCAAGUUAGUUCUAACAUAUCGGGAUCUACUGGAAAAGAAAAAGGAGCUGGAAAGGGAAGGGUCCCCUCUAAGAAAUCGCAUACGCUCCAAAAGUACAGAGCCACCUGAAGAAAAUGCAGCCAUCCAGCGUGAGGCGACACCUGAUGUUGCUUCCAACCCCAAAAUAUCAGAAACGUCAACUUCCACAGACACUAAACUAAUCAAAAUGGAAACUGUGAAUAAUUCUUUUUUUAUCAACGACAUCAUAAGUUCUACUCCAGAAUUGGCUCAGCUGCAGGGCCUCGUGGAAGCAAGUACUCCAGUUCGAGCAGAAAUAGGAGAAUCAAACGGCAGUCUAGAGGAAGAGAUCAGACAAAUUAAAGAAGAGAGAGGUGAGGACCAGGAGGAAGGCAAUCAAGAAAAUGAAAUUGAGGAAAAAGAAAAGGACUUGGACAGUUUGGAGUGGGAGAUGAGAAACACAGAUUCUGUAUUUUCUGAGCUUUCAGAGCUUAGCCAGGAAUAUGUGGAGAGUGUGGACCAAGGUGUCAGCGUGAGAGGCAGCACAGUCCAGUUUGAGGAGAUUCUUUCACAGUAUGAGGAACUGAAACACACCCACGAGAUGGUAGACGCUGCUCGUAAGGCCCUCAUUUCUCGUGUAGAGGAACUGACGAAUGAGAGAUCUGCUCUGAACCUGGAGCUCACUUCCUGUCAGGAAACCAUCAGCCGACUGGAAAGCAAAACAAAGGAGAUGGAAGAGGAGACCAAACGGCUUCGCAAAGAACUGGAAGCAUCACAGGCUGAGGACUCUGACACUUCUUUUUCUACCUCAAAUCGCCGGUUCUCACGUUCAGAGAUGGCUCGUGUAGUCAUGGAGAAGAAUCAGUAUAAAGAGCGGUUGAUUGAACUGCAGGAUGCCCUGCGGCGUGCACAGGCUCAUGGGAAUACUAAGACUGAAAAUAUUCCAGACGACAAGAAAAGCAGUGUAUGGAGGAGGUUUAACCGUUUUCUUGGUUUGACAAAGGACCAACUUGCUCCAGUUGCAUUAGCUCCAGCUGCUUUGGCACCCGCUGCUUUGGCCCUUACUGUCCCCCCUGUUGCACCUCCAACUUCCUCACCAGUGGGCUCACCUCAUAAGCUAUCCGUCAGCAUGGUUCAAACAGAGGAUUCUCUAUCUCCCAGGCUGAGGAGGAGAGAAUUAUAUCGGGAAAUCCGCUCUCACGUGUGGAGAACACUGGGAAAAAGACAGGUGCAUGGCUGGAGCAUGCCCGUUUCUCACACUGACACACAGAACAACGACCCAACUCUGGAGCCUAAAGACAUGCCUGCCCUCAUACAGCUGCGAUUGCUUGACCAAAGAGAUGCUUCUGCUAAGCUGACCUGUGCUGUAGCAGUUCCACCAGAGGUGUCAGGGGAGCAGCACUGUUCUGUCUGGGUGAUCACUGGUCCUGCCUCCAGUAGUGAUGUCACAGUGAUUGACCCAGCACGGUCCAAUACCCUCCUGGAUCAGUUCAGCCUUCCACCCACCUCUCCUGCUCUGUGCAUUUGUGCUGUGCCUCCCACUGGAGAAACAUCUGGGACUGUGUGGAUUGGGACGCAGGAUGGAGGCUUGCUCAUUCAUUCAGCCUCUGGCUCUCGGAGGCGCUGUAUGCAGUCAGUCAGUCUUUCAGAGGGGGUGCACUCUCUUACGUUCUCAUCAGGUCAGGUGAUUGCUGGAUUAGGCAACGGAAUGCUUGCAUUUUUCAGCUACAGCUCUGGUGGGUGGAAUCUUCAUGCCCAUGAAGUACUUUCACUAGGCAUAACUCCUCUGCAGCCCAUUCGCUGUUGCCUAGCCAAGAACGGCUGUCUCUGGGUGGGAUACUGGAACAAAGUGUUGAUGAUUGAUGUUCAAAAUAGAAAGGUGGAGAAAACAUUCGCUGUGUCUCAUCGAAGCGAACAACAGGUUCGCUUCCUGUGUGCAGCAGGAAGCGGAGUUUGGGCUUCCUGUCGGCUGGAUGCUACGCUCAGGCUGUUUGAUUGGACAACUGGGCGGCCAUUACAGGAGGUUGAUGUUUCAUCAAUGGUAACCAAAGCUCUAGGCAGUGCAUUCCUGUCCCUUUCACCUCUUCAGAUCUCUGCCCUGUCCGUGAUCUGUGGGCGGCUGUGGUUGGGCACAGGAAGUGGUGCUGUUUUCUCCAUUCCGCUGUCACUCAGUUCUGAGUCCUCUAUCCCAUAUUGCACAUUGGCUUCAGCUCAACUAUGCUUUCAUGGCCAUCGUCAAGCAGUUAAAUUUAUCAUUUUAGCUCCCGGCUGCCGUGGAUCUUCUGUUACAGCAGAUGGUUCUGCCUCUCCCUCACAUCUCAUCCUCAGUGGUGGGGAAGGCUACAUCAAUUUUCGCAUUGGUGAUGAAGUUAGUGAUGGACUUGGGGAGACUGUCCCACAGAGAUCAGAACGAAGUCACGUGAUCAUCUGGCAGAGCCCGACUCAGACAGUUCCUAGCUCCUCCCUUUGACAGUAAUUUUGUUUAUAUGAUAUGUAUUUAUCAUUUAGUGUUUGUUUGUUCAGAAGCACACUUUACAUGUAUCCUUGCUGUGCACUUAUAUGUCUGCCCCUUCUCCUGGUUAUUGCCUUUGUAAGAAUAAGGAAUGGUAUUAGGUGACCUGACUGUUGAUACCAUACAUAAAUGACUUUAUAUAGCACUCAGAAUGGAUGUUCCAGAAAAGGUGCAAAAAAGAGUACCAAAAAUGUC